UGUGUCCGCGCGCGCACGCACAUGCGUGUAUUUGUGCGAUUGUCACAACAUAUAAAUAGCAAACCCCAUUUCUCCCUUCACAACAACCCGGUCGGCUCCACAGAAACAACAAACCAAGCAAGAACAACACUUUCCAAGAUGACAACCAACAGCAGACAGUUCCUGCUACCAUCAAUUCUUCUGGUAUUGGCUUUCAUGGCAAAACCUUCUGAUGCAUUUACUGGUGAGUGUGUCUGUGUUCAAGCGAAAACAAUUGCAGCACGUUGGAGUCCUGACACCAAUAAUGUUACAUAUGGGUUCAUUUUGAAUAAAGGAGAGUGCUUCAAAUUCCUUAGCUCCUCAUAUUCCUACACCCUUGCUCUCCAAGAAAACAAGGGAAAACUCAUAAUUCCAAGAGUUGAUCUCAAAUCCAUGAAAUGUCCUCCGAAACAAGAGGACACAGUGUUGAGGUACAAUGCUUUAUGCCCAAGCAUACGGAGUCGGGCUGAAUGGAAGGCCAGAAAACCGAAAUCAGUGACAAAACUGCGGGUCCCUGUCGAGUAUUUCAUUGUCCAUCAUUCAGAAGGUAGGAACUGCUCCACAACUGCAGGUUGUGACAAGUUAGUGAAGGGUAUCCAGAACUUUCACAUGGAUACAAGAGGCUGGGCAGAUAUUGCCUACAACUUCCUGAUUGGUGGAAAUGGUGAGGUCUACGAAGGCCGUGGUUGGACAGUACAGGGCACUCAUACUAAACGCUAUAAUUCUAAAUCAAUUGGAAUUUGUAUGCUGGGCAGUUUUCAGAAAUAUGUACCCACUCCAUUGGCAAUGGAAUCGUUGAAGAAAAUGAUUAACUGUUCACUCUACAAGGGACAAAUCAUUCCAAAUUAUACUCUUGCAGGGCAUCGUGAUUUGGGAAAUACAGAUUGCCCAGGGACCGCUUUGUAUAAUGUCAUAAAGAAGUGGCCGCAUUUCAUAAAAAAAAUUAUGUACCCAAUUAUACGGAAUCGGACUGAGUGGGGUGCCAGAAAACCAAAAUCAGUGACACAACUGAAGGUCCCUGUCGAGUAUUUCGUUGUCCAUCAUUCAGCUACUGGGAGCUGCACCACAACUGAGGAUUGUGACAAGUUAGUGCGGAGUAUCCAGAGCAAUCACAUGGAUAAAAGAGACUUUGUGAAUAUUGGUUACAACUUCCUGAUUGGUGGAAAUGGUGUCGUCUACGAAGGCCGUGGUUGGUCAGUUGAGGGUGCUCAUACUAAACACUAUAAUUCUAAAUCAAUUGGAAUUUGUUUGCUGGGCAAUUUUAUGAAUGAAGAACCCACUACAGAGGCAAUAGAAUCGUUGAAGGAAAUGAUAAAAUGUUCGCUCAACAAGGGACAAAUCAGUGACAAUUAUAUCCUUGUAGGGCAUCGCAAUUUGGGAGACACAGAAUGCCCAGGAUCCGAUUUGUAUAAUAUCAUAAAAGAGUGGCCCCAUUUCAUAAAAAGCUAGUAAAAAUCAAAACAUGUCUUAUUAUAUGCCUACAUCUAAAUAUUCAUGCAUGCACUUGAAAGUCUUGGACAGGUGAGACAACUGUGCUAUAGGUGCAAAUUUUUUUUUUUAAAUGUUUUUCUCUUGUAUCUUUUACUUGUUUUGGCCAUUGGAUUAUGGCCAUUCUGGGGCACUGCCUAGACUGGUUUAAUCAAGCAAAUUUUAUUUUUCCAAGUCUUGUACUAAAAAAAAUAAAGGGCAGGACAGAUCUUGAUUAUUGGGAC